GUGGUGUGAAGCCUGGGGUCGGCAGCAACACAUGCUAUUUCUAUUGGCCCGUGCGAUUAGCGUACCGGUCGCCACUUCCUCUAGCCCGCCCGCUUCCUGCCCUGUAUGUGUCGACGAUUUCUCGAUUGCUUUCCAUCUUUUCUUUUCCGGCUGCGACAUGAUGCGAAUUAACAAUUGCAUUACACAAAGCCCUCGCUGGGCAACUCCCCACCACUGGCCCAACUUCUCGAGUCCAGCUCACCUUGCUGCUUUGCUCACCUCCUGACCUUCAGCUCGUAUUGUUCCACGCGCGUGAUUGACGCGGCGGCUUACAUACCCGUCGUCUUGUCGCUCUGAAGGCAAACGCGUCUGUCCACACGAUCACAUAGCUGGAGUCAUCAGUAUGCUAAGAGAAGCUUGUCUGGCUCCAACUACCGUCUGCAAACGCGGGGUC